GGCUGCGAGCUGCGGGCGGCGGGGAGGGAGCAGAGGAGCUAAACUGAGCUAGACGGCCCCGGGACAGCGGCCCGGGGCGUCAGGGGGCGCGGAGCCGGCCGGGGCGGGAUGAGGGACCGGCUGCCGGACCUGACAGCGUGUAAAACUAAUGAAGAUGGAGAAACAACUGUUGUCGUUGAGAAGGACCAUUUUAUGGAUGAUUUCUUCCACCAAGUUGAAGAGAUCAGAAAUAGUAUCUCCAAAAUAGCACAGAUUGUUGAAGAAGUAAAAAAAAAUCACAGCAUCAUCCUCUCAGCACCAAAUCCAGAUGCAAGGACAAAGGAAGAGCUGGAAGAACUGAACAAAGAAAUCAAGAAAAUUGCUAAUAAAAUUAGAGCUAAGUUAAAAGCUAUUGAACAAAGUGUUGAUCAAGAUGAGAAUGUCAAUCGAACAUCAGUGGAUCUUCGGAUACGAAAAACGCAGCAUUCUGUACUGUCUCGGAAAUUUGUGGAAGUUAUGACAGAGUAUAAUGAAACACAGACCUUUUUUCGGGAACGAAGCAAAGGACGGAUUCAGCGUCAACUAGAAAUAACUGGAAGAACUACCACUGAUGAGGAACUAGAAGAAAUGUUGGAAAGUGGGAAUCCUUCUAUUUUCACUUCAGAUAUUAUAUCAGAUUCUCAAAUUACUAGGCAAGCUCUCAAUGAAAUUGAGUCACGUCACAAAGAUAUUAUGAAAUUGGAGUCCAGUAUACGAGAGCUGCACGAAAUGUUUAUGGAUAUGGCUAUGUUUGUUGAGACUCAGGGUGAAAUGAUCAACAACAUAGAAAAGAAUGUGAUGAAUGCUUCAGACUAUGUAGAGCACGCUAAAGAAGAAACUAAAAAAGCUGUUAAGUACCAGAGCAAAGCGAGAAGGAAAAUGAUGUUCAUAAUUAUUUGUGUAAUUGUUUUGCUUGUGAUCCUUGGAAUUAUCUUAGCAGCAACAUUGUCAUAGCAAAUGCAUCUCAGGAGCUGAUUAUCUUUGGAGCUUCAGAGAACAUCUGCGGUGAAACUCAUGCCCCAUCUUUUCACGAAUGAACCAUAUACUUUGAGACUAGUGGUAUUCAUGCUGCUGAUUUACGAUUAGUGACUUUGGGGGAAGACUCCAGAAAGUGAUGUCCACAAAAUCAACUGGAGGAAACAGGAUGGAUGUCGUGAGUUAAUCACAAAUAUCCUUUGCUUGUAAAUAACAGACGACAAUGGGAAAUGUGCUUUAGUGGCCUUAAAAUGAGGAAUGAUUGAAGACUUCAAUUGUUGACAUUUCAGUGUUAAAUUAAUAUGAAAUUUAAUUAGGAGUACAUGCUGUUAUGAAGCAGUUGGGUUCCAGCUCUGUGACUUCCUCUCCCCUCACAGCUUGUGUGUGCUCAUUAAGAAAAGUUUUUCUACUAUGUUUAUUCAUGGUUAUUUCCUGUUGGCAAAAUAAUUUCUAAUUAUCCAAACAACCCUUUUGUAAAGAUUUUUGACAAUUUUAAUAUAUUAAUUUAAUACAUUAAUACCUUUCUUUAUCCUAUUUUUAUAUAUUAAACAUUGCCUUUGUAUAAAAGCUUCAUUUAAUUUUUAAUCCAUCUUUGUACAGCAUCCUUAAGUAAAUUUGUUAAUAAAGAAAAGUUGCCAUCAUCAUCAAGACAAUAGGCAUGAAACACUCAAAUAAUAAUUCAAGUGCCUUCUGUUAUUAAUAGCAGAUUUUUGUUAUUAGUGAUUUAUAAAUUAAUUCAAACUGAUUUUAACGCCCUCUAGAAAAGUCUACAUUAUUGUAUUUAACUCUACUUCUUCCUGUUUUGUUACCCAAGAUAAUAAAUUAGUUACUACCCUGUAAUGAUAAUGGUUUGUUUUCUUUGUUCAUUGUUUACAUAUUUCCCUGGUUUACAAAACUCAGAUUGAAAUGGAAAUGUGGUGAAACAACCAGACAGGGGGCACAAAUCUAAGAAAUGAUCUUUUUUUUUUUAAGUCAUGCAUUCCCAGGGAGGUCAUUUCUGUGCUUUUUUGAAUCUUAAGGUGCUGGGGACACUUGUGUCUGGUGACCCACAGACCAUUAAUCCUUUAAAAUACCUUGAAGUUUACAUGACUCACUGAGGAGGAUUUCAAGGCCCAGAGUCUCAUUCCUUAGUUCUUUUGGAAUUUCUCCAUAUGAAGGACUGCUGGUUCAGCCCAAGCUGGGGAAGGAUUGUGCCGACUGGACGUGCCUUCCACUAAUUUCAUAUUCAGAGUAAAUGUUUCAAACUUUUCCAAAGGAGCGUCAGCCGGCACGGUUGAGCCGAGGAGUGCAGCUUGUGGCUGAGGGUGGAGACGAGCCUUUUCCCCGAUGUUUGUUUGAAUGUUUCAUAGUUAAUUGCAUAUGUUGGGUAUGGAGCCAACCUUAAGAUGGAAGUACAGAUGUAUAAUAGAUUACUAUAAAACGGCUAAAGGCAGGUUUUUUUCUUUAAUACAAUUAUGAAUCUCAUUCACAUUCCUGAGUAUAUUCUUAAAUCUAUCUUUUUCCUUCUAUAGUACUGCAUUUUGUUUGCUUUUUAUACAUGAUUGUAUGUUUUGGAAUUAAUGAGUAUCUUUAAACAGACGCAUCAAGCAAAAUGUUUAUUAAUCUCACCUAAUUUUGCCCUUUGGAUACUAAGCUUCUUUAGCUGGAAUGCUUGGCAUUGAAAUUGUUUUUUAUGGGCUUUUUGUACAUUUAUUUUUCAGAAUUAUGUACAAUUGUAGAACUUUGUGAUGUUGAAUAACUAACUGUGCCUUCGAGUCCCGGUUCUUCUGGGCCUAGUCACAUUGGAACUUGGCAUUCAUAUAAUUAUUCUGGUGGUGUCUUUCUGACCUCAUUUAAAGUGUUGGAUUUUUAAAGUUUUUAUGUUUGAAUUGAUAGAAAUGAUCUUGAUUUAUUUUUAAAUAUUUAAAUCCAUAAAUGUCCCAUAUUAAUGUACACAAAUCACUUUUUCUUAUUUGGUAUUAGAAUAUUAGAAUAUAUUUGUAGAUUUCUUUGUGACUUUUUGUAGUUUUCAUUGUUCCCUAAAUGUUGCAUGUUUUAUUUAAAAAAAAAAAGUUCAUGGAGGGCCACACAGGAAAUUUAUGCUUGCAUUCUUAUUUCUGGAAAACUAUAUGAUAGAAAUAUUUUAUUGCAUCUGCAUUAAUAAAUUGUUAUGUUAAAGAAAAA